AUGAGCAUCGAGACGCUGCCUGUCGAGCUCCUCGAGCACAUCAUCGAAGCCGCCGUCCCGUCCGUCACCGACCGCGACACCCGAUGGAGGCGCAUCGCUCAGCGUGCGCUGUUCGCCGAGGCCGGUCUCACGACUCCCCGCGCGACGCAAGCUUUCCUCGCCACGACCGCUCAGUACCCUCACUUCGCGAACCAUGUUCGGCUUUGCAAGGUCUACCACUUCGGCAAGGUUACCGACGCAACCUUCCGCUCGUUCCGCUCACUCAGGGAAGUCUACGUCGGGAAGGGUGGCAAAGUAGAUAUCGCAAUCUUGGCUGGUCUGCCUCAACUCGAGAUAUUCAGCGUAUGGCUUGCGCUGGUGACCUGUACGGGCAAUCCUGCGUCGACAAUCUUUCCCGCUUUGAGGAUCCUUUCGAGUUGUUUCGCCGAGUGGGACGACAUGGCGCGUCAGCUCUUCUCGCCUGCCCAUCUUCCCGCCAUACAGGGCCUUGCGCUCUACCACGACGACAGAGCAGGCGGAUCUGAGUGGGGUCUCGAGCGACGGCCGUGGACGGCCGAUUUUUCCGCCUUCCCGCCUUCUCUCCGGCUCGUGGUCAGCAUCAGCACACAGUACAUCCUCGACACUCGACACGAAAUCCUCCACGAGACGGACAUUGGCGAGCUGUAUGAUGCUCUCGAUGCGGGAAUCUUCGUCAACGGCUUGCGCGUGGCGGACGUUCAGCAUCUCCGCAUUUUCGAGAUCUGCUACGACAUGGAAGGGCAGGAGGACGGCUACGAGCAGCUGCGCCACCUCGUCAAGCAGAUGCCCCAGCUCAAGUCGCUCUUCAUCUCCAACGAGGAAAUGCCUUCCACCGAUGCCAGCCUUCGCGAUUUCAUCAAGUACGUCAAGCAGCGAGGGAUCAGGUAUGUGGAAAUGGGACAUGACGACCAACAUCUGGAGGGAUCGGUCAUUCCGCCGCAGUGGCUGGAGAUGUAA